AUGCCACUGUCGAAACUCGGCACUAUCACAAGUGUUGAAACCGGAUGCCCUGAGGUGGAGACCAACAAGCUUCGUCGAGCAGUGGAGGAGGCGGAAGAGGAGGCAAAGUCCGCAAAGCAAGCAUCGGUUCAAGCCCUCCUGGAAGCCGAGGGCUACAAAGAGGAGCUGGAGAAAGCAAAUGGCGUGAUACUUUCCAUCAAGGAGGAGCUGAAAGCUGUGCGGCGAGCGACAUGCAGGGAAAUACGCGGGUUGCAGAUGGUGCAAAAUGUCUGCGAGACGCAGCACCAAGAGUUGGUGAAGGAGAGGCAGAGGUCACAUGCUGUGGCCGAAGAGCUCCGACGAAUCAAGGCUGAAGCUGUUCUGAACGCCACAAUCGGCAAAGAAGCACCUUCCACAGGGGUCCCUGCAUCAAAAGAAGAAGAAGAAGUCGAAACCCUUCGAAGAGACGAUUUGUCCGAGACCACUGCAUCCUCGUCCUCAGCGGAAGCGGUGGCUANNCUUCCGCGAGCACGUCGUCGAUACGCAGGAUCUUUUGGAUGA